AUGGGCCAAUGUCAGUCUCUACUUCCAUUUCCAUCUCUUUGGUCCAAAUACUUAUCCCAUACCCAGGACAACAUCCCUUUCAUAACAGGAAGAAACCCUUUCUCAAUCUUAUACCAGCAAUACCGCUUCAUAAUCGAUGGACCGGGUCUGAUAAAAGAAGGCUACGCCCUCUACUCAGACGGCCUCUUCGAAAUUCCUCGCACAUUCCGCCCCGGCCAGGUAAUUCUGUGCAAGCCUGAACUAAUUGAAGAAUUGAAAAACUCUUGCCGGACCGUUGUAUCGCCGGAACCAUGGAUCGACCAGUUACUGCAGAUCUCGCAUGUGAUGCCUGGUUAUUUUCCCAAGGACGGGGGGUGGCCUGCCAUUGCGAAGACUACGCCGGGAGUUAUACGGGGGACGGUUUAUAAACAGUUGGAUCGGUAUAUUCCUUCUAUGAAUGAGGCUGUUCUCUCGCAGUUGAGAACAUUGAAUUUUGAGGACGAUGAAUGUUCGGUUGGCUGCUUUGACAUUGCAUACUCCAUUGUGGCUCGCAGCGGCAGUUUUGCGUUAGUUGGGGAACGACUUGCGAGAGAUGAGGAGUAUCUGGGGGCUGUGAAAGAGCACAUACUCGGCAUGAUUGUGACUACUCGUGUGCAGUUCCUGGUUCCGGAUGUUUUGAAGAGAUGUAUUGGUGGCUUUAUUAGUCGGCUUGUUACUAUGUGCACCCGGUGGAAUAUGCAUUCCUCACGCAAGAUCCUGCUUAAGCACUUUGAUGCAAGGGCAGCUGAGUACGAGGUUGAUAUGUCUAGAGACUUGGGAAAUGGGAAGCAGACCAAUCACGAGAGUUCAGAAAAGCCGGUUGAGAUUUUCCGUUGGCUCUACGAGAGCUCUGUCCUCCGUCAACGAUGGAGUUACUCGGAAGUAAUUGGAGAAAUGCUCCUUCUCCAGUUCGCUUUCAUCUAUACGACAGCUUAUGGUCUAUACGGAGCCUUAGCUGAACUCGCCCAGCGCCCAGAAUACAUUCCUGCACUACGCGAAGAAGUCGAAGCCACAUCCUUACAAAUGGGAAUUACAGUUACCGCGUGUGAUAAAAUGGUCUUGUUAGACAGUUUUCUCAAAGAGUGCCUGCGUCUGCAUCCUCCUGCAGCUGUCUCUGCUCACCGUGUCUGCAUUAAAGCGGUUCCACUUUCGAAUGGUGAGCUUUGCCUAUCUUCCAUUACCAACAUUGCGUUCAUCCCUAACCAUGGCCCUGGUUUAGGUGUCGUUCUCAAGCCCGGAACGCACGUUGGGGUCCCGAGCGGCUGGAUUCAGCGGUCGAGUAUCGUAUACACGGAUCCAGAAGUCUUUGAUGGCUUUCGAUUCGCCAGAUCUGCUGCAGCCGGUGCGUCCGGUACCAAGCUUGUAGAUUUGAGUCCUGAAUAUCUAGUUUUCGGGAUGGAUGUUCAUGCUUGUCCUGGCCGAUGGAUGGCUAGUUCAUUGAUGAAGUUGGCGCUUGCGCAUCUGGUAUUGCAUUUUGAUAUUCUACCUGAUUUGAUGCCGGGGCCUUUGACGGAGUCGUUGUCAUUCGAGGAGUUUUAUGUGCCUAAUUUUGGGUUGAAGGUGCGGUUGCGGCGGAGGGUAUAG